UAAAAAAAGUUGAUGUUAUGCUGCUGAAGCACAUAAAAACAAUUUUUCCACCACAGGAUGGUGCUGCUAAAGUUACUGCAAUGUGCUGGUCACCUAACAAUAAAAAAAUGGCUGUUGUUUCUACUGAUAGAGUUAUUUCAUUUUUUGAUGAUACUGGAGAAAUGAGAGAUAAGUUUGGUGCAAAACCAGGAGAACCUAAGACUGGAAAGAAAGGUUUUUUAGUUAAAGGUCUUGCUUUUUCACCAGAUUCAACAAAAAUUGCAUUAGGCCAGUCUGACAACAUAGUAUUUGUUUAUAAAAUAGGGGAAGAAUGGGGAGACAGAAAAGUAAUUUGCAAUAAAUUUAUACAAACGAGUGCAGUAACAUGUCUAAUAUGGCCUCCAGAAUCUAAAUUUAUUAUUUUUGGUCUUGCUGAUGGAAAGGUUCGCAUUGCAGAUCUUAAAACUAAUAAAUCACAAACUGCUUAUGGAACUGGGAUUUAUUGUGUUUCGUUAUGUGCAAAUACAACAGGAAAAGGUAUUCUCUCAGGUCAUGCUGAUGGAGCUAUAGUUAGAUAUAUGUUUGAUGAAAAUGGAACUGGAUUUUCUCAGGGUCAAGUUGUAAAACAUUCAUGCCCUCCAUAUUCUCUCUGUUGGGGUUCUUCCAUUAUGGCUGCUGGUUGUGAUAAACGGAUUGUUGCUUACAGCAAAGAAGGAAAAAUUUUACAAACAUUUGAUUAUUCAAAAGAUUUGGAUGAGAAAGAAUUUACUGUUGCUGUUACUAGCCCCAGUGGGCAAUCUAUUGUUAUAGGAAGUUUUGAUCGCUUACGUGUUUUUAAUUGGAGUCCUCGAAAAACAUUAUGGGAAGAGUCUAAGUCAAAAGAGAUGAAAAAUUUAUACACUAUAAGUUCAUUAAGUUGGAAAAGGGAUGGCUCUAAACUUUUGGUGGGUACAUUAUGUGGAGGAGUGGAAUUAUUUGAUUGUUGUUUAAAGAGAUCAGUUUAUAAAGACAAGUUUGAAAUGACAUAUGUAGGAUUAAGUCAGGUUAUUGUUAAAAAUCUUGAAAAUGGCAAAAGGGUUGUAUUAAAAUCUCACUAUGGAUAUGAGAUUGAUGAGGUAAAGAUUAUGGGAAAAGAUCGUUUUUUAGUUGCUCAUACAACAGAGACUCUACUUGUUGGUGACUUAAAUGAAAAUAAAUUAAGCGAGGUACCAUGGCACAAUUCUGGUGGAAAUGAGAAAUUUUUUUUUGAAAAUGAGAAUGUUUGCAUGGUUUUUAAUGCUGGUGAGUUAUCACUUGUAGAGUAUGGUCAAAAUGAAGUUCUUGCUACAGUUAGAACUGAGUUUAUCAAUCCACAUCUAAUUAGUGUGCGUCUGAAUGAAAGGAAGAUAAAAGACCAAGAUGACAACAAAAAGUUGGCAUAUUUAAUUGAUCUGAAAACCAUUUGUGUCAUGAAUUUAAAAUCUGGAAUGGCAUUAGCAAAUGUUACCCAUGAUACAAAGAUUGAUUGGCUUGAGAUGAAUGAAACUGGAAGAAAACUUCUUUUUAGGGACAAAAAACUGAGACUUUAUCUAGCAGAUAUCCAGACUGAAGCUAAAACAAUUAUUUCCAAUUAUUGCUCUUAUGUGCAGUGGGUACCAAUGAGUGAUGUAGUUGUUUCACAAAGUAGAAGUGACCUAUGUGUAUGGUAUAAUAUUGACUCACCAGAUCGUGUAACAAUGUUUCCUAUUAAAGGUGAUAUUAUUGAUCUCGAAAAAGCAGAUGGCAAAACAAAUGUUUUGGUUCAUGAAGGUGUCCAAACAGUUAGCUACACUUUAGAUGAAGGUCUCAUUGAGUUUGGAACUGCUAUAGAAGAUUGUGAUUAUGAUAGGGCAGUUGCUUUCUUAGAAAAUUUAGAACUAUCUCCUGAAACAGAAGCAAUGUGGAAAACAUUGACAAAGGUAGCCAUGGAAAAAAAACAACUUUUUAUUGCUGAAAGGUGUUAUGCUGCCCUUGGUGAUAUUUCUCGUGCUCGAUUUUUGCAUAAUAUAAAUGAUCUUAUUGAUGAAAUAUCAUGUACUACAGCUGGUGAUCCAAUGUACCACCCAAGUGUUUCUGCCAAAUUAGCAAUGUUUGAAAAACAGUUCAAACUUGCAGAAAGCAUUUAUCUGGAGCAAGGUUUAGUUGAUGAAGCCAUGGAAAUGUAUCAAGAACUACACAAAUGGGAUGAAGCACUUGCUAUUGCUGAAGCUAAAAGACAUCCAGAGCUAGAAGCUUUGCAGACUACCUAUUUUCAGUGGUUAAUGAAAUCUGGACAAGAAGAAAAAGCAGGCGAAGUUAAAGAAAACAAUGGUGAAUAUGGAGAGGCAAUUAAUCUUUACUUAAAAGCUAAUCUUCCAGCUCGUGCUGCUCGAUUAGCUCUAAGGAUACCAAGUCUUUCAUCAGAUAAUCAGCUUCUUGAAAGAAUUGCAUUAUCUUUGUUAAAAGGAUCAUUUUAUGAAAAAGCCGGGGAGCUGUUUGAAAAGACAAAUUCAUAUCAAAGAGCAUUAGAAGCAUAUAGAAAGGGUAAAGCAUACAGACGUGCAGUCGAGUUAGCUCGCUCAUCUUUUCCAAAAGAAGUAAUAAGACUUGAAGAAGAGUGGGGAGAUUAUCUAAUCAGUCAGAAACAACUGGAUGCAGCAAUUAAUCACUUUAUUGAAGCUGGAUGCUCAGUAAAAGCAAUUGAAGCUGCUAUACAAUCUCGUCAAUGGAACAAAGCAGUUCAAAUAGUUGAGCUUCAAGAUGAAGAAAUUGCAGAUAAAUACUAUCCCAUACUUGCUAAGCACUAUGCCCAGAUCCAGCAAUUCCAGCUUGCAGAAAGGUUUUAUGUACAAGCUGGUCUCACUAGAGAAGCUGUUGAAAUGUAUACAAAAGCAAACAAGUACGAUGAAGCUCACAAGCUUGCUAUUCGAUGUAUGAAUCCAGAAGAAGUUUCUAACUUAUAUAUCAGUCAAGCAGAACAUUUGGAAUCUCAAGGAAAAUACAAAGAAGCUGAGAAACUUUAUAUAACAGUUGAUGAAGCUGAUAUGGCGAUAAAUAUGUAUAGAAAAGCUAAAAUGUAUGAUCAAAUGAUUAAUCUUGUAAAAAUACAUCACGAAGAUCUCAUCACUGAUACUCACAUUCAUCUUGCUAAAGAAUUAGAAUCUGAAAGGCAGUACACCCUUGCAGAACAUCAUUAUUUAGAGGCAGAAGACUGGAAAGCUGCAGUGAACAUGUAUAGAGGGCAAGAGUUAUGGGAAGAUGCUUUUAGAGUUGCAAAACAGUACGGUGGUGUUAAUUCAUCAAAACAAGUUGCUUUUCUAUGGGCUAAGACAUUGAGCGGAGAUUCUGCAAUCAAACUUCUACAAAAGUUUAAUAUGCUUGAUAGUUGUAUAGAAUAUGCCACUGAUACUGCGCAAUUUGAUUUUGCAUUUGAAUUAGCACGAACUUCAUCUAAAGAAAAAAUAUCAGAAAUCCAUGCAAAGUAUGCAAUGUUUUUGGAAGAUGAAGGUCGGUUUAAGGAAGCUGAAGAACAGUUCAUAAAAGCUGGAAAACCUAAAGAAGCUGUCCUUAUGUAUGUUCAUCAAGUUGAUUGGACCAAUGCGACUCGAGUUGCUGAACAACAUGAUCCCAAUAGUUUAGUUGAUGUUUUGAUAGCGCAAGCUAAAAUUUCAUUUGACAAGAAAAAUUAUGAGGAAGGAGAAAGUUUUUUGCUGCGUGCUCAACGGCCAGAAAUUGCCAUUAAGUUUUAUAGGGAAAACAAUAUGUGGCAAGAUGUUUUGAGAAUUGCAAAAGAAUAUCUUCCUCACAAAUUAAAUAGCUUGCAGGAUGAGUAUGAAAAGGUUGCAUCUAUGAGUCGCAAUGAUAAAGGAGCAGAAUCAUUUAUUUCACAAGGUCGUGAUUGGGAAACAAGGGCAGAGUAUAAUCGUGCUAUUGAUCUUUAUCUAAAAGUGACACCUGAAAUGACAAAUAAAAAAGAACUUUUAGAAAAAGUUUAUUCAAAAGCUGUUGAGUUAGCAGUCAAGUUUUCAAAAGACAGAGCAAUCAGUGUUACGCAAGAAGUGUGCAAACGGCUGCUUACUUUAGAACUUUACGAAACGGCAAGUGAUUUGUAUUCUGUAGUAAAAAUGCACAAAGAAGCAAUAAAUGCAUGUAUUUCUGGAGAACUCUGGCAGCAAGCAAGAUCUAUAGCUUCUGAUAUUGCUCCAAAGUAUGAGGAAUAUGUUGAAGAAAAAUAUGUUGAGUAUCUCAAGAGUAAACAGAUGGCUGAAAAGUUAAUAGGUGUUGAUGUGAUAGCAGCAUUGGAUAUGUAUGUUGAACAAGGAGCUUGGGCGAAAUGUAUUGAGCAAGCCAAAAAGCAGUCAUUUGAAGUUUUAACAAAGUAUGUAACACUGUAUGCUGCACACCUUAUUAAAGAAGGAAAUUUAGAGGGAGCUUUAUCAUUGUUUGUUGAACAUGGUGCCCCACCAAAUCAACAGAACUUCAAUGUCUACAAACGUUUAGUUGAAGAUUUAUUUGCAAAACCAGGGUUAAGUGGAGCAGAUUCAUACCAAGUUUGGGCAAAUCUUAGAUCAAUGCUUUAUGAUUUGUGUGAAGGCUUCACAAAGAAACCAACAAAUCCUGCCAUUAUGAAGAUUUUUAAUACCAUGUUACUUGUAGCUCAUUACUACGCUGUUCGUGCUGCUGUUACACCACAUAAAGCUCUUGAAAUAAUUCGUACCAAGAUAUCAGUUUCCUUGCUUCGCUACUCUGAUAUGAUACCUUGUGAUAAAGCAUUUUAUGAAGCUGGCAUUGACUGCAAAGCUGUUGGCUGGGACAAUAUGGCUUUUGUUUUUCUUAACAGAUAUCUUGAUAUAAGUGAGGGAAUUGAAGAAGGCAACCUUGAUUCAGUUGAUAAUACUGACUUUACAGAUACAGAUAUACCUAUGGAAGUGUCUGUUCCUGAAGCUCAAUUUGUUGCUGAAGAUCAACGAGAAGAGGUAAAAGAAUGGGUACUUGCUAUCUCAAUGGAUCAAAAGGUUGAACAAAAUCUUCCCAUGGACAAUAGAAAUACUUUUGAAGCAUCUUUAAUCACACCUAAAACUGGUGAAACUGCUCUUCCAUGUGUUAUUUCAGGUUAUCCAGUACUUACCAAUGGAAUCGAAUUUAAAAAACCAAAUAAAAUGGCCAAUAAAGAUGAUUGGAACAAAUUUGUGAUGGCAACAAAGGUCUCUCGAAGUCCCGAAUGCCAGCAAGUUCUUCAUUUCUUAUCGCAAUGGUGCGGAUUCUCGCAAAAUGCGAACUUUUCUUUUACAUAAAAAUGUAAUUAUUUUGUUUAAAAAGUAUAUAUAUAUAUAUAUAUAUAUAUAU